CCAACAUCUUCUAUAUCUCAUUCGUAAAUAAUCGGUUCUUUUGUUUUUGAAUUAUUUUUAUCCGUCAUUCUCUUUCAUCUUGUUUACAAAAACGUCUUUAUACAACGUUAGAAUCCUUUCAUACCAUUAAAAAAACUAAAUAAAUGCUAUCAUUAGUAGCCGAUUACAGUGGUACCUCGUCCAGCAGUGAGGAUGAAGACUCGGACCAGGAGGAGGAGUUGCCUAUCACUGUCGAACCGCCAAAAACAAAAGCAAACAUUUCCAAACCUCUGUUACCCAGUGCCAACACCAUAUUAAAUUCUACAACUAAGGGUUCCGGAGUGGUAUUUAGUAAUCCAUUUUUAGAUGCCGAGAAAGCUGAAAUCGACAAAUUACAAAAACAUGUUAAAAUGGUAGAAUCUGAAGAGCACUUGACACAGAAAAAUGGUCGCAAGAUAUGUUGGAACAAUCGCAAGGGACGUUGUCGAUUUGGUAACAAAUGUAAAUAUGCACAUGAUUCAGAUUUGGUAGCUUCUGAGGGGGACAAUGAGACAGACGUCACUGGCGAGGAGAUACCAAUAAAAACAGCAAAUACAGUUCCCGUCAAUGUUACAAUAGCUAAAUCCGCCCAAUUAGGACAAUCAAUGGAAAGUAGUGAAGCGAAAUCGAAGUCUCGAAAGCGUCCAGGUUUGGGUGAUGCCUUAGUUCCCGGCAAAAGGGUUAUAAAACAGUAUCAAGCAACAAAAACAGCAAAUACAUCGUAG